UUAAAGUCGAAUUUUGGAAUUAUCGUCUAAUUAAAAAAAAAAAAAAUUAAAAUUUAUAAUUUUAAAAUUACUAAAAUUGUUAAAAGCUUUUUAGACACGCUUAGAAAAAUUUUAAAACUAAAGCACGUGUUUUAUUGUAUGGGUCACGGUGCUCUUAAAAUAUUUAGUUCUUUUAAUGAAGAUGUAGACAAAAUUAAAUAUGAAGAUCUAAUUAAAAAAUUUGAAAAAUAUUUUCUUCCAAAAAUAAAUCUAGCUAUUGAAAGGCAUAAAUUCUUCACAUGUGCGCAAAAACCAACGGAAUCUAUUGAGGAUUUUAUUACGGGAUUAAAAAAUUUAAGUCUUAACUGUGAAUUUGGCACCUUACGUGAAAGUUUAGUUCGAGAUAUAUUUGUAUGUGGCCUUAGUCAACAAAAUAUUCAAAUAAAGGAAAAAUUAUUAAGCGAAGGAAAUAUUAGUUUAGACAAAGCCGUCGAAAUUGCUAAAAGCACCGUACUAACUAGAGUUCACUCAAGGCAAAUCCAAAGCAAUUCAUCAGACUCUCUUUUUGUGGGUGCAGUACAAAAUAUGAAAUUUAAAAAUUCUACUCAAACCAAUAAGUCAUACAAUAAAAAACCAGUCAACAAUUUUUUUAGUCAGUCAACCAAACAAAUUAAAGGUAAACAGAAAAUAUUUGUUCGAAGUGUGGUCAACUUCACCGAUUUCGAUGUCCAGCUAUAGGUAUGGUAUGCCAUAAAUGCAAGAAAAAAAAUCAUCUUGCUUCAAUGUGCAAAUCAAGUCAAAUAAGAA